GGGCUGGAGACGGGCCGGGAAGGCAGCAAAGGCUGGAGGCUCGCUGAGCUGCUCGGGCAGCUGCUGCUCUUCGCCGGCCAUGGCUCCCAGCAUUUCUGACCACUGACCAUGUUGGUUGCAGGAUGAAGGGAGUUAUACUGAAAAGCAUCUUGGGGGUGCCCAGUUGGGAAAGGCUUCUAUAACAGAUAAUCACUAUAAUAUAAGCUGACUUGAAAGAUAAUAGCAUGCAAACUACACAAAAUCUAAAUUCUCUGCCAUUGGAAACAAUCAGGAACAGAGAACUGACAGCUGUUAAAGACCCUACAGCUGUUGAACGAGCAAAUUUAUUGAAUAUGGCUAAAUUGAGUAUCAAGGGCCUCAUCGAAUCAGCUCUGAGCUUUGGUCGAACUCUUGAUUCUGAUUAUCCACCUCUACAACAGUUCUUUGUUGUCAUGGAGCACUGCCUGAAACAUGGCCUUAAAGUAAAAAAAUCUUUCCUAAGUUACAAUAAAACAAUCUGGGGGCCCCUGGAACUUGUGGAGAAGUUGUAUCCAGAAGCUGAAGAAAUUGCUGCUAGUGUUAGAGACUUACCCGGUCUCAAAACUUCACUAGGACGUGCUCGAGCUUGGUUGCGAUUGGCACUUAUGCAAAAAAAGAUGGCUGACUAUCUACGGUGUCUCAUCUUUCGCAAAGAUCUCCUUGGUGAGUUUUAUGAAUAUCAUGCACUGAUGAUGGAAGAAGAAGGAGCAGUCAUUGUUGGGUUACUUGUUGGUUUAAAUGUAAUAGAUGCAAACCUGUGUGUAAAAGGAGAAGAUUUGGAUUCACAAGUGGGUGUGAUUGAUUUCUCGAUGUACUUAAAGAAUGAAGAUGAUAUUGAAAGCAAAGAAAGAAAUGACCAUAUUGCUGCUAUACUGGAUCAAAAGAAUUAUGUUGAAGAACUAAAUCGGCAACUGAAUAGCACAGUCAGCAGCCUCCAUACACGUGUUGAUUCAUUAGAGAAGUCAAACACUAAACUAAUUGAAGAGUUAGCAAUAGCCAAAAACAACAUUAUUAAACUUCAAGAAGAAAACCAUCACUUAAGAAGUGAAAACACUCUCAUUUUGAUGAAAACACAGCAUCAUCUAGAGGUGAACAAAGUGGAUGCUGAAGCAGAACUUCAGACAUACAAACACUCCAGACAAAGCCUGGAUGACAUGUAUAACGAAGCACAUAGGCAGCUUCGAGAAGAAUCCCAGUUAAGACAAGAUAUAGAAAAUGAGCUGAUGGUCCAAGUUGGUAUGAAGCAUGAGAUAGAACUUGCAAUGAAGCUGCUGGAGAAAGAUAUACAUGAAAAACAAGAUACCCUUAUAAGUCUGCGGCAACAGUUGGAGGAAGUCAAAGCAAUAAAUGUAGAAAUGUACCAAAAGCUUCAGGUAUCAGAUGAUGCCAUGAAAGAAAAGAAUGAAAUCAUUGGCCGACUGGAGGAUAAAACAAGUCAGAUUACGGCAACUAUGAAACAGUUAGAGCAAAGAUUGCAUCAAGCAGAGAAGGCUCAAAUGGAAGCAGAGAGUGAGGACAAGAAUAUUGAACAAGAUUAUAUGAGUAAAUCUGAAAGUCUCCAGAAAGAAAUUGCCCAAAAGGAGAAAAAAGUGUGUCAGCUGGAAACAGAUUUGAAAAUAGAAAGAGAGUGGCGGCAAACCAUGGAAGAAGACCUUAAAAAGGAAAAAGAAAUAUCAACCUCUUUGAAGACAGAGACCCAACAAAUCGUUACUCUUAAAAAAGAAUUCCUAAAAUUACAUGAAAAAAACAAGCAGUUGAAAAAUCUGUCUCAUGGCCAAGAAGAAGCACUCCAAGAAUUAGCUGGCAAACUUAGCGAAUCGAAGCUUAAAAUAGAAGAUAUAAAGGAAGCAAACAAAACAUUACAGGGGCAGGUCUGGCUAAAGGACAAAGAAGCCACCCACUGCAAAUUAUGUGAAAAGGAAUUUUCUCUUUCCAAGCGGAAGCAUCAUUGUAGGAACUGUGGUGAAAUUUUCUGCAAUGCCUGCUCAGACAAUGAACUGCCUUUGCCAUCUUCACCAAAGCCUGUACGAGUUUGCGAUUCCUGCCAUGCGCUGCUCAUACAGAGGUGUUCUUCCAAUGUGCCGUAAGACUCCUACAGGUGAAUAAAUUCUCACUUCUCUACAUGGAUAAGUACCAUAGUGUUGCUGUUCCUACUCCUGCAAUGUUAGCCAAAACCUUUGUAUUGUCAACAUCAAGUUGACACCCAUCCCUAAAUCUUUGUGGCACUGAAAUUCCUGCAAUGUUGGCAUGAUGUCAUGCUUUGUGAGGUUGUGCUAAUGCAGUAAUUGAGUUGUAUCUGCUUGUGCAACAUGUUUUAUCACUGGUCUUUCAGGAUACAAGCAAGAAUGUUCUGUAUUCUGUGAUCGGCUAUUUUAUCAUGCAAGUAACCAUUCGAGUACAUAAAACAGAAUUUUGCAUCUUUUUACCUUAAUUUUAAAAGGUACUUAUUUUGGGAACAGGUUGGCUGUGACCAAACAAGCUUAGAAGUCAGAAGUCAGAGAGGAGCAGGACAGGGUUUCAUGGGCUAUCCUGUUUAGUUUUAUCUCCUGUUUACACACACACCAUUCAUCCACCCACUCCUGCUUGUAAAAUUCUGGCAGCCCAAAGCUUAAUUCUAGUUUGUUAGGGCACCUGCUUAGCUAGAAGAGUAGGUAGGUAGAACGUUUCGUGCAGGAUGGAGCUCUUGCUCUUGACAGGAGGAUUCAUGGUGCAUGGCAGUUGAGGCUCCACUUUGGAUGGAAGCCAGCCAGGUUUGGGAGAUCUCCCAUUGUAUGGCCUGAGAAGAACUAUCUUGAUUUACAUAAUGUGCACUGGGGUAUGGCAGGACUAGCACAGAGAAGGCCAUAUUUUCUAGAUCAUGGGAAAUGCACACUGCUUCUGUUUAGUCGUAGGUGAGGAAAGUAAUUAUGAAUUUGAGAGGAUGCCACGCUGAACUCCUUUCCAGUUGGAAUCUAUUUCCUCCCCACUAGAUGUAAUGCAGCAGUUAUAAAAUCUUUUAAAACCGCAAAGGGUAUUUAAAAGGACAUUAUAUAUAACUUGAUGAGUGCCUUUUCUUUCUAUACCCAUCACAAGUAGAUGGCAAACUAAAUGACUUAAGGGAUGACUUAAAACAAUCACACACAUCUGUUUUGUGUAAAUUUCUGUUCAGCUGCCUCAGUGUGAGGUGUGUAGAAAUGAUGUCUUGGAAAAUUUAAUAAGAGAUUUGUAUUACUGAAGUUCAGAUUGUGUAAGCACUACAGUGUACAUACAGUAAAACAUUUUUCUAAAACCUAAUUCUUAAGGAAUACUUUCUCCUUUUGCAAAUAAAGUUAGUUACUAUAAUGCUUUUAUACCGAUGAUCAUACACAUAUUCCCCCUUUUUAUAAGAGAUAUUGUGAAUCUGAAGAUUUAAGCUAUGGCAUUUCCAAGCAAGCCACCAAUUUUCAUAAGUAUCAUUUCUGAGACCAUUGACUUGAUAAGAUUUCAAAGAAUAGGAAAAUCUUGUACAAAAUACAAUAAAACAGUCCAGGAUGGGAUUCUUAUUUUUUAACAUCUAAUGCAAAAGAAGUAGAAAAACAUUACUUCCUGCACGUUAAUUCAGCUUUUGAACAUGCUGACAUUUUAAUAUCAAAUGUCAAAUCGAAUAUCAAAAGCAAAGAAGAAAUGGUGAUGGUGGUUUCCUUGAGCUGCUAAAUGGCUGUCUCUAGCAACCACUACACUGAAGUAUCUCAGAUAGAUUUUGCUGUGAGUUGUUCAGAGACUAAAGUGAUUGGACGGGCUAGAAUUAUCCCAAAUAAAUAAAUAAUCAAACAAACAAAAUUUUAAGAUCAGCAAGCAGUCCUUUUUUGCUUUAAUCUAUGAGGACUAUGGAAUAUACAAAGAACCCGUUGACUUGCUUUUGCUUAGCUUCUGCACUUUUAACACCAUUACAAGAAAUCCAGGAUCUGAAGCUGUACCUUCUGUGCAGCCCAAAGCACCUCCUGCCUGUGCUGAAUUUCCGUCAUAGGUGUUAAAAGCACAGGAUCUCUGUUUAGUACCCUAGAGCAGCUAUUGUAGUAUCAAAGUAGACCUUGAGCUUCUCUGAACUCCCAUCAAGAAUAGGAAGCAUUCUGAAAGUACCACAACUACACAAAUUGUUAUAAUUAGCCACUUGCUCAUUUCUUAAACUUAAGCCACUAUAUAGCUUGGUACAGGAGAAAACUUAACUCUGAUUAGCAUGCAUAAUUCAAAAAGGGAACUUCACUAUAAACUUCUAAAGUGUUGCAGAGAUAGAAGCCUAUAGCUAUUGAAAUGUUCAUAAGCAGCCUACUCCUAACCAAGCUAAACAGCAAUUUUGAUUUUACAAUGACUUUAUACAAGUUGGAACAGUGUGUUACUUUUGUCCAAAUGUGCAACAAGCCUUUUUCACAUCCUCCUCUUGUUGGCCUGGGAGGAUAAACACUAUGCACUUUCUGCUGCUAGAAAACUCCAAUACUGAGGUGUUUAUAUUUAGUGUCAGAUAGGACCUAGCUCAAUUCCUGCUCCUUGACAACUUUGUCUGCAAAUUCUACAAGUACUUUUUCCCAAGGUCAUACCUGCAGCGAUGCAUUAUCUAUCAUUGUAGUAAUAGUAUCAUUGUAGUUGCACUGUUUGUAAAUCAUAGUGCCUAAAGUACUGUAAAAAUAUAUUGGCAUUUAUAGUUCCUGGAGGUACAUGCCAGACUGGACUUUUUUGUGCUAUCAAAAUGACUUGUUCAAACAGUAACAGGCUAUGCAACUGUUGCUGUAUGUGGUAACAGGUCAUGACAGACCCAAUAUAGCAGCUUUGAUAGGCAUCUGUUAAUCCUAUCGAAUUUACUGACAUUCUAAACUGUUCCCCUUACUCUUCUUUCUCCACCUACAACUUGCACUAAUGUGAUAGGUGUUGUAUAGUAAGUACUCUCAGCAGGACAAAUGGACAGUUUUAUUAAAUUGCCUUAACCUGCUCCUCUUUGGCUUCAGACACAAUUAGUUACAUGACCCUUUCCCAGUAGAAACACAGUUGGAAUAAUCCUUUUUCUGCAAAGAUUCAUAAUCCAUUCCUGCACUUAGAAUUGUAUUAUCUUAGAACAGGCAUUUAGGCUCUAUGUGCAUGCGUGCCAAAAUUUUAAAUUUACUAAUACACAUUUGUAAUGUUUUAACACGCAGUUUUUGUAACUUUAAAUACAGAAGUUUGUAACAAUGUUUUGGGAAAAUUAAGUAUUUGACCAUUUUCAGCAUGCAUUGGAGAUAUUAAAAUUGAGUCUAUCAUGUGUCUUACUAUUAUUACUCCAGAUCCAGUUAAUAUAAUUUCCAGUUAAUAGAAAACAACCUAAUGAUUCUGAUAUAUAUUUGCAUUAUGAAAAUACUAAUUAGGGUUAAUAACUUUGCAAUAUCAGUUCAUUUUACAUAACCAAGGUCUAUGUACCAGUUAAGAUUUGCGAAGUAAUUUCUAUGAGAGUCAGAUGUGGUUAUUUUGUCACUGGUAUAGUGCCAUAAGGUAGUGGUAUGGGUAUGGGAACAAAAUGCUGUCUACCCACCUAUGUGAUCACUAUUUCUAGUUACAACUCAUGUUGUGACUUUGUGACACAUUUAGGCUUGCAGUAAUCUCUGGAGUUACCUGGUUUAGGAAUAAAUUCCACUUAAUUCAGUAGGGUUUACUUCUCAGAAGAUCUGCAUAGGGGUUUUAUAUUUAUAUCCUCCUGUUUUUCCUUUCAAGGAAUUCAAGGCAGCUUACCUAAUUCUCCUUUUCCUCUCACAAUAACCCUGUGAGAUAGGUUGGACUGAGUCUUUGACUGGCCCAAAGUCACUCAGCACCUUGGCUGAGUGGGGAUUAUAACCCAGAUUGCCUGAGUUCCAGUCCAGCACUCCUAACUAUGACCCCACACCGGCUCUCUGCAUUUUAUUGUUGUUCACCAAGAUACUACUGUAAAAAGAUAGAAGCAUCUGGAAUGUGAAUUUAUUGGCUGUUGUUAAUUGUCUGAACUAAGUAGGCAACUAAGCAGAAUUACUAAAAUGAAUGUAUGCAGAUCAAUAAAUUAUAAAAUAAAUAUUUUGGUCCAAAUAAAAAUACAGAAUGUUGAAGCUGAUUAUA